AUGACUGGCGUGAUAUUGAAGAGAGAGUGGGCCUUUGGUGGUUUUGGCUCGCUAAAAGGGAAGCUGGCAGCCCCGCAACAGCACAUCAGAGCAGCCCCCACCAGAGCGCUUCCCCCUCCACUAGGUUACGUCAAUUUCAAUAAUUCAUGUGAGGAAGCAACAACAUCGCAAGACUCUCUGAAUUUCUGA